AUGAAUUUUUCUGCAAUCGUUGCACUUCUCGAUUUUCUUUGUAUUGCACCUCAUUCAAGUCCAACAUUUGAAGAAAUUGACUCAGUUUUCUUCUCAAGUUUAACAUACAAACCUUCAAUCAAUGGUUAUGUUCAAAUUAUUCGACCUAUGGGAAUGCAAGAUAUGGCUAUUCGAUUUGCUUUUGCGUUAGUUAAAGAAGAAUAUGAUUUGACUCGGCGUGAUGUUAUGGAUCAAAUCUAUUGGUUUAUUGUGUUCAUCGAAAGUGCAUACGAAUUAUUUGGGCUCUGUCUUCGUCAUCAUAUUUAUCGUAUUGCUGAACAUUAUUUCGCUCUUUUUAGUCGAGAUCUCUUGGAACCACUUGAAAGGCUUAUUUAA